UAAUCGACAUUACUUAUUGGAGAACGUGAACGAAUCCCAUCCAACAGCCUCAAGAAACCUCCCUCGUCGAUUAUUUUAUAUUUACAAAUUACAUUUUCUUCCUGUAGAAGUUGUCUCGAGGAUUGAAUCUGCGUUUUUUCAGGAUGGAUCAGUCACGAAAUCGGCUCAGGGCCCGAUUGUGAGAGGCUUUUAUGGGAUUCUUUUAUGCGAGAUCCUUUCCCAGGAUCGAAAGAGAAUGCAGGAAGACAGGGUGAGGGGGUUCCUCGGGGACUUGGGCAAGUCGACGAUGCGGGGGAUCAGGAGGUGCCCCAAGUGUGGCACUUUCAACGGCACCAGAGGGCUCAGUUGCAAGAACAAGUCCUGCAACGCCGUUUUCAAGGAAGCCGGGAUCAAGAAGAAGACCCUGGAUGUCGUCAAGCUCCAGACGGGCACAUCCACUCAGAUUUUUUCAGUACGAGUUUGGGACAAAGGGCCUGACUAUCGUGGUUUCGUCCAAUUACCACAAGCAGAACAGAAUAUUGUGUCUGCGCUUUGCUUUGUGGACUCCUGCCAACGUCUGUUCAACAUGAAUAUUCUCAAAUGCCACGAGCGGCAAGCUAUGCAGGUCACACACUGUUCGCACGUACAGCUGGCUAUGCGGUGUUGUAACAAUGCACAAAUCCUUAGAAUAGAAAAUGAAGCCAUACAAUCCCCUAGUAUACCAGCAGAAAUGAAAGAGAGUAUUUAUGAAUUAGCUAAUGAAAUGCCUGGGCCACUUGUUCAGAGGAUUUCAAAAAAUACAAUGGCUGUAAAAUGUAAGGUGACAACAAAACACCCCCUGGGUUAUCUUCAUGUUACAUUUUUUAUAUGCAACAAAUCUAAAGAAAGUCAAUAUGUUUGCCAUUGUACACCUUUAAAAAGUCCUGGUAAGAGUAAUGUUGAUAAACCUUGUGUACAUUAUUUCGCAUGUAUAGCUGCAUUUUUGAGCGAUGAAAAGUAUACAGAAGAAUUUUCUGCUUAUAUAGUAAGGGAAAAACCGAUUGAGACUUUUACAAUUGAAAUAAGCCAUGAAGGAGGUGAAGUUGACGAACGCAAUCCGUUGGUGACAAUUUUAGGCAAUACAAUCAAUCAAGACGAUUGUGAAGAGGUGAAAGAUUUAUUACUUCCUGAUAUCGCCCAGGAUUUAGAAAGGUUGACAUCUGUUGAUGUGGGACAAGAUUUUGAAAGUCUUGAUCAACAUACACUUGAAUCUAUGAUCAAAGUAGGAGAUGAGAAAAAAUCCAAGCCAUCAAGAAAAAGAAGAAGUAUUCAUAAAACAGCACCACUCAAGAAGAGAAACAGGAAAGGUUUACCCAAGGAAAUGCUAAUAGAAGUAGAGCACAUAGAUGAGAGUAAAGUGAGUUUGAGUUUCUUGGAAUGGCUUGCAUCAGUGACGGAACGGAUAAAUCAGACAAUGCAUUACCAGUUUAGUGGAAAACCUGAGCCUUUGGUGUUCCAUGCUCCACAUGAAUUUUUUGAGUGUUUGAUUUCACGAUUUGUCUCGACAUCUAUCAAUUCCAAGCGUAAAAGGCUGCCAAAUUUUGUGACUACAUUCACCAGGAAGAAUGCCACUCCAUUAGGAACAUUUCACAAUUAUACCUGGCAUAUAACAAACAUGCUGCAUGCCAAAGCAAUGUUUGACACUCCUCUGAUGUCACUCAACAGCCAAAGAACGUUUGUUCAGAAUUCUGCUGGCUCAUAUGACGAGCUAAAUCAAAAGGACAUUGUCGAAGGCUUACCGAGGAUGGAAGGCCAGUCAGCCAUAAGACCUACUGAGUAUAAGACUUUUUUAAAAAUUGGUAAUAUGUCUCCCGAUCAAAGUGAACCCUCGAUACUUUCCAUCGAUUGGACACCCAACGUACUUCCACUUUCGAAAAUAGGGGAAUUAAAAAUAACUCUAGAAUAUGGACACUCCAAACACCCCCCUUAACUAAAUCUCUCUAAACUAAAAGUUUGAGUUUUUAUCGACCUGACAGAAUCACAUUAGAAUUAGAGGUAUCUUCUUCAUAAGGUCUUUGUGAUGAAGCAGACUUUUUAUGGGUUCACCAAGCUUUCGCGAUUUAUAUUGCAUUCUCAGAGCCUAUUUAUUGAAAAAUAAAUAUGUUAACAGAGUCUUCAUAUCUCACUGUAACUCUGUUAAUGUAUGUAUUUUUCAAUAAUUAGGCCGUGAGGAUGGCAUUAUAAAAGCUGAAAGCUUGGUGGUCCCAAAAAAGAAUAAUUCAUCACAAAGUCCUUAUGAAGAUACCUCAAAAAAUUCUAAUGAAAUCUCUCAUAGCAUCAAUGGUUAUUUUAUUUUUUGAUUGUCCUGCUCCGUGUAAACCAAGGAUUGAGUCAUUAUAAUUGUUCAGGAAAGUUAGAAGGAAUAAAACAACAUUUAAUAUAUUCUUUAACAUUGAUUUAAUUGGGAUUUGUAUUAUUUUAAUGCGGUAUUUUUUGGUCUGUUUAUUGAGAGAUUAUCCACUGAUAGAAUUCAAAACUCAAUUACAAUUAUUAACAGACUAGUUAAUGUGUGAGCUUCUUAGUCUUAAAUAAUGUUCCUUUCAUCUCCUUGAUUGAUACCUAAUUAUUUUUUGUUCUUUUGUUGGUUUGUUUUUAGUUUAACAAUGUGUUAUGUAAUUGAUAAAAAUGUAAAUUAUUUUAAGUUUAAAUAUAUUCAUUGAUAGUAAUUGUUGAUUAUGAAAAAUA